GGUGGGGGGUGGGGACCCUCGGACGCUUGGGGGUCCCAGGCCCCGCCGGCUGCCGAGCGGAAGGGGGUUGGCGGACGAGCCGCAGAGAUGUCUGGCCAGAGCCUGACGGACCGAAUCACCGCGGCCCAGCACAGUGUCACCGGCUCCGCGGUCUCCAAGACGGUAUGCAAGGCCACGACCCACGAGAUCAUGGGCCCCAAGAAGAAGCACCUGGACUAUUUAAUUCAGUGUACAAAUGAGAUGAAUGUGAACAUCCCACAGUUGGCAGACAGUUUGUUUGAAAGAACUACUAACAGUAGUUGGGUGGUGGUCUUCAAGUCACUCAUUACAACUCAUCAUUUGAUGGUGUAUGGAAAUGAGCGUUUCAUACAGUAUUUGGCUUCAAGAAACACAUUGUUUAACUUAAGCAAUUUUUUGGAUAAAAGUGGAUUGCAAGGCUAUGAUAUGUCUACAUUUAUUAGGCGGUAUAGUAGGUAUCUAAAUGAAAAGGCAGUUUCAUACAGACAAGUUGCAUUCGAUUUCACAAAAGUGAAAAGAGGGGCUGAUGGAGUUAUGAGAACAAUGAACACGGAAAAACUCUUAAAAACUGUACCAAUUAUCCAAAACCAAAUGGAUGCACUUCUUGAUUUUAAUGUUAAUAGUAAUGAACUUACAAAUGGGGUAAUAAAUGCUGCCUUCAUGCUCCUGUUCAAAGAUGCCAUUAGACUCUUUGCAGCAUAUAAUGAAGGAAUCAUUAAUUUAUUGGAAAAAUAUUUUGAUAUGAAAAAGAACCAGUGCAAAGAAGGCCUUGACAUCUAUAAGAAGUUCCUGACUAGAAUGACAAGAAUCUCAGAGUUUCUGAAGGUUGCAGAGCAAGUUGGAAUUGACAGAGGAGAUAUUCCAGAUCUGUCCCAGGCUCCCAGCAGUCUUCUUGAUGCUUUAGAGCAACAUUUAGCUUCUUUGGAAGGGAAGAAAAUUAAAGAUUCCACAGCUGCAAGCAGGGCUACAACACUUUCCAAUGCAGUCUCUUCUUUGGCAAGCACUGGCCUAUCUCUGACCAAAGUGGAUGAAAGGGAAAAGCAGGCAGCACUAGAGGAAGAACAGGCUCGUUUAAAAGCACUAAAGGAGCAGCGUCUAAAAGAACUUGCAAAGAAACCGCACACCUCUCUAACAACUGCAGCCUCUCCGGUGUCCACCUCAGCAGGAGGUGUAAUGACUGCACCAGCCAUUGACAUGUUUUCUACCCCUAGUUCUUCUAACAGCACAUCUAAGCUGCCAAAUGACCUGCUUGACCUGCAGCAGCCGACCUUUCAUCCCUCUGUCCAUGCCAUGUCAGCCGCUCCUCAGGUAGCAAGCACAUGGGGAGAUCCUUUCUCUGCUACUCUAGAUGCUGUUGAUGAUGCCAUUCCAAGCUUAAAUCCUUUCCUCACAAAAAGUAGUGGUGAUGUUCACCUUCCCAUUUCUUCAGAUGUAUCCACUUUUACUACUAGGACACCUACUCAUGAAAUGUUUGUUGGAUUCAGCCCUUCUCCAGUUGCACAGCCACACCCUUCAGCUGGCCUUAAUGUUGACUUUGAGUCUGUGUUUGGAAAUAAAUCUACAAAUGUUACGGUGGAUUCUGGAGGCUUUGAUGAACUAGGUGGACUCCUCAAACCAACAGUGGCCUCUCAGAACCAGAGUCUUCCUAUUGCCAAACUUCCACCAAACAAGUUAGUGUCUGAUGACUUGGACUCCUCCUUAGCCAACCUUGUGGGCAAUCUUGGCAUUGGAAAUGGAACCACUAAGAAUGAUGUAAGUUGGAGUCAACCAGGUGAAAAGAAGUUGACAGGAGGAUCUAACUGGCAACCAAAGGUUGCACCAACAACUGCUUGGAAUGCUCCAACAAUGAAUGGCAUGCAUUUUCCACAAUACGCACCCCCUGUAAUGGCCUAUCCUGCUACCACACCAACAGGCAUGAUGGGAUAUGGGAUUCCUCCUCAGAUGGGAAGUGUGCCUGUAAUGACACAACCAACCUUAAUAUACAGCCAGCCUGUCAUGAGACCACCAAACCCCUUUGGCCCUGUAUCAGGAGCACAGCUGUCGGCAGCAUCCAGCCCCUCCAGGCACAGUCCUCACAGAGCUGCAGGAAAGGACCCCUUUGCAGAGCUUUCUCUGGAGGACUUCUUAUAAGUCACUUAGAUACAGUUUAUGUAACUACAUGGAGGAGAAUGGAAUUAUUUCAUGAACACAAGUUCGAGGUGGCAACUCCUUACUUCCAGCAAAAUCCAAACUGCUGUCUCUGAAACUCUUCCUCCAUUAGAGCGCUCCAGUAACCCACGAAGGCCCACAGCAGGGAUGGGACUAGUUUCUAGGAGAGCCUUGUCAAUAUCGUUUAUAAAGCCAAGAAUUGCCAUGAUUUAAGACUAAGAUCUGUCUUUCUGGUGACUAACACUUCAGUUCUUUCAACUCCUAUUAAUACCCAUAAUCAGUAACCAACCAAGAAAAGCCCGUACUUGGAAAGUGUGGAGUGUGUGUUUGGAAAAGCUGCCUGGAGAAAAGAGUUGUGUCCUUUACCGUAAUUCAACAGGACUCAGUGGGGAUCAAAAUCAUAAUUUUUAAUUAUGCAUUAUAUUUCUUUCCUCCAGUCCUCACAAGUACAGAAACCAUAAUUGAAGUUAGCUUUUUUUUAAGAAAAAUUAUAUUCAGUUUGCAGUAGACAUUCCUUAAGUAUUUGUAUUUAUUUAUGAUUAUCAAUUUUACAUAACAUUAAUAUUAUAUCAAACCUCCUUAAAAAAAUGAGUAUGGACGUUCACAGUAUGUUUGAUUUUUGUCCACAAGAAUGAAUCUGAUUCAGAAUGCUUUUCAGCUGACAUACAGAGCACUAAAUAUUUUAAGACAAAACCAUGGGUCUGAAUCUCUUAAGAAUUCUCAGUCUCUAUGGGAUUUAGGGAAGCAUUAUAAAUGCAUUAAUCCUUAUAGUCAAUUCUGUGCCUAGGAUUUUGCAGGGGAACAGUUCACUGACUAGGAAAAGCACUACAUUUAAAAUUCAGCAUUAGUGCAUUGGGAAGGAUCUGUACUGCUUCGUGCUUGGCAUGUCACUCUAUCCCAUUGGACAGUAGGGCCUUUCCAAAAUGAAUGUGAGGAAUUGCUUUCACUUCAAGACUUUCCUUCUUUUCAGUAAACUUUAGGAGAUGUUAUGGGGAAAGGGAGGGGACAAAAAUCCUUGAACUUUUUAUUUGGCUUGUGCCAUGUUAUGAUCAUGUACCUUUUAAAUAAGGGGAGAUAGUAUCUUUAAAUUCAAUGUCUAGCCAAGAGUUUAGUUAAUGAAGAAUUAAAAUGCACUGUUGAUCGGUGCUUUCUGUAAAUACAUCCUAAUGCUUGGGUGGAGAGGGGCCUUAAGAAGGACAGUUCAUUGUAGGAAAGCAAUUCUGUACAUGAGUUAAGCAUACUUGUUGCAUUGUCUCUGCAGAUUCUAUUUUUGUUUACAAUAUUAAAAUGUAUGUUAGCAAAUGGGUGGAUUUUCAAUAAAUGCAGCUUCCACAAAACAUGUUAUGGUAUUCUGGUUUGAGGUGCAUUCUCUUUUUUCCUUUCAUUUUUAUUAUCAAUAUCAUCAUUUUUUGCUAAUAAAAUUAUAUCUAAGUGGUUAUAUCUGCUGGUUUAAUAAAAUGUAAAGUUUGUUUUAUUUAAACAUCUGAAAAGAAUUAUGUUUGAAUUCUUGUUACUCUCUGGACUCACUCAGAAUCUGAACUACGUAUUGUUCCCUUUCCCUUCUGAUCUGAUGCUCCAGGAGGGUGAGUUAAGGGAGAGAGUGCUCUUUAUGUGUAAGAUUAUGUAUGCUAAGAUGCUUGUAUUAUUCAGCAUAGUGAGUAAUAUCCAGUAGUCAGAGCUCAUCAGAGAGAUUAAAAGCUUUGUACUGUCAAAGGUUUUCUGUGGUUGCAAAAAUCAUAGUCUUUAGCCAGUGUGCCUCAUUAAUAAUGACUGAUUUUCAGAUUUCACUAUUAUUAAAAUGUUU